GCGGCGGAUCCGACCCCCCGGAAUCCUCCCGGAACCUUCUGGAAGCGGCUCCUCUCCCGGAUAUCCCGGAAUUCCAGCCCUGCCCCCCCCCCGGCGCCCGUGGAGCCGCUUUACAGCCCCGGACCGGAUGGGACUGUGCCAGAUCCCCCGGCGGAGGUUCUGGAAGCGCUGCGGGAUUUGGGACACUCCUCCUUCCGCCCGGGCCAGGCCGCCGCCAUCAUGCGGAUCCUCUGCGGGUUAUCCACGCUCGUGGUGCUUCCCACGGGAACGGGAAAAUCCCUGUGCUACCAGCUCCCGGCCCUCCUGUACCACCGGAAUUCCGGGGCCCUCACCCUCGUCGUGUCCCCCCUCGUGUCCCUCAUGGAUGACCAG